CGAAUCUCUUCUAAUUGAAGGGAAACUUGACAGUGAAUUGAAACACAAUCAUGUAGUACACUUCACUUUCAUAACAUACAAAGUGAAUACCCAAAAAUGACGAAAAGAGAAGGAAAAGACCUUAAGGUUGUCGCUCAGGCUGCUGUCGAUGAGCCCCCCAGCAAACAGCGAAAGACGGGAUGGGAAAACUACGAACUAAACUGCAACAGUCUUUUGAAUACAAGGGAAGCAGACAUGCACUUUGCAGCACUCGUCAACGCUCCCGUAACAGUCCUUGAAGGUGUUGGUCAGUAUGCAGGCUUGAUUCUCAAGGCAAUGGGGUGUGAAACUAUCAAGGCCCUGGCAGAAUACAAGUAUUUCCAUUUGGCCAGGGCUCUGACGGUUCUGUCUGAAAGAGAACAGCCUGGCCAACGUUCUCCGACAAGCACGAUGAACAUUGACAAGGCUGUCGUGAAAGGAUACGAGCACAAAUCAUUUCGCGAUAUUGUUGAAGCACCGAUCCAUGCCUUGCAAGGUUUAAGCCCAGAGGCUGUCAAUUCAUUUUCUGCGAUGGGUAUGGAAACGGUUGGUGAUCUGGCUGCGUUUUCGUUUUGCAAACGGGCGGAAGCAAUUGUCCAAGCUGCGAAGUACGAGCAUAUUCUGACGGACCAGGAACGUAACGUGGAGCGCGAAUUGCAGAAGCUGCAGUAAAUAUUUUGGAGCCAAUAUGUAAUCUCUUAAGGAAUGUAUUCAUUUUAUUCAUUGGUAUACGAUGCUGGUUG